CCGCCCCGCCUCGGCAGCGCGCGCGCCGUCCGACCGCGGCGGCGCAACCAAAAUGGCGGCGGGGGCGGCGGCGCUGGGCCGGGAGGGCGGGGAGGACGCUUUCCGCCGGCUCUUUCGCUUCUACCGGCAGCGCGACGCGGCGGACCUGCGGGGGGUGGUGGAUUUCUCCGCGCCGGGGGGGCAGGUGUUCAGAUCACAGCUCAGUGUUUCUUCAGUCAGUGACCAAGAUGCCUGCAGGGCAGGACUGCAACCAGUCAGCCGGUGGAAAGCCUACGGCCUCAAUGGGUACCCAGGGUUUAUCUUCAUACAAAACCCUUUCCUUCCGGGCUGCCAGCGUCACUGGGUGAAACAGUGUCUCAAGUUAUACACCCAGAAACCCAAUGUCUGCAACCUGGACCUGCAUAUGGCUCCUGAGAAGACCGCUGAUCUGUGGGGGCAAAGCAAGGAAAAGCUGAGAAGGAAAGGUUCCAGUAAAUGUGAGCCCAGAAGCUUACUGGAGAAGUUGCGCUGGGUGACCCUUGGUUACCAUUACAAUUGGGAUACCAAGAAGUACUCAGCAAAUCAUCACACUCCUUUCCCCUCAGACCUUGCAUUCUUGUCAGAACAAGUGGCUGCAGCCUGUGGAUUCCGGGGUUUCCAAGCCCAAGCAGGGAUCUUGAACUAUUAUCACUUUGAUUCUUCCCUGGGAAUUCAUGUAGAUGAGUCUGAACUAGACCAUUCUCGUCCCCUUUUAUCAUUCAGUUUUGGACAAUCUUCCAUAUUUUUACUUGGGGGCCUGAAGCGGGAAGAGGCCCCAACAGCAAUGUUCAUGCACAGUGGAGAUAUCAUGGUGAUGUCUGGCUUCAGCCGUCUGCUGUACCAUGCUGUCCCCCGUGUCCUUCCCAACCCUGAAGGGACAGCUUUGCCUUCGUGCCUCGACCAGGCACUUUCUACAGACCUUCCUGUUGGCUCAGUCAUUGAGCACAGCUCUGAUGAGGAUUGGCAAGUCUGUGCCAAGUACUUGCAGUCUUCCCGUAUCAACAUGACUAUUCGACAGGUGUUGGCUGAGGGUCAGAAAUUUCCAGAGGAGUCUGCGACAAACACAGAGAGUCGGGUACCCUCGGAAGACAGUCACCAUCAGGAGAACAGCAGAGCCAAGAGACAUAAACCAAAUAUGGACAGCUGAGACCCAAAGAUUGUGCUAACGUGGACCGAAUGGACAACCUCAGUUGUACCAGAAGUCUUUGUCUAUACAGGCAUUCAGAAACAGCUGUAGAAUAAAGCAGUCCUUGCUGCUGUAAGGAAGAGGUUGCGGUCUGGGAUGAAGAAAUAAAACAAGAAAGGAUAAAUUUAGGACUAGGACUCAGAAGAUGAACUUUGCUGUGGGCAUUUAUUGUACUUGGUUCCCUUUAUGAUGUAUUCUCUGCAGCUUUCUGAUCUGUAUGCCAGAACUGUAAGCUUGGUUCAGUUAUGUUUGUAAAAUAUUUUGAAAUAAUUGGGCAGAAAGUGCUAGCAAAUGAUACCGUUGCUAUUUAUUAAAGAAGCCAAUCAGGCUAGUAAAGCUCAGCUGGAGUGCGUUAACAAAUGUGAGGGAGAGUAGGUUGCUAUGAAACCUACCUGCAGCAUUUCCAAGUGAAUUACUUCUACUGCAAAAACUGGUUCAGUGAUCAGAAACUAGCAGCUCCCUUGAGCAACACAUGGUAAGCUUGUUCUAGCCUUGUGCUCUCCUUCUGCAUGCUUGCAGCCCCCCCAGCUGCAGCAGAAAAUGAUUUUGAGUGGAUCUGGACUUCUUGCAUACCUCAGCUUUUAAAGGGAAAUGACAUGGGGCAGCAUUAGAAUACCAGUUGAGUAUGUCCUAUACCCCCAUUCUUUCACAUCUGCCUCCUCUAAGUGCCUGCAGAUCAGGGUCCUGCAGCCUCAAGCUAGUAUCUGUAAGUUACAGAAUGUCCUCCAAGUAAAAGCAAUGAAGUUGUAGACUGAGUACAUAAAAAAGAAAAUUAUCAGCAUCUCUGCACAAAGAUAUACUGAAACAAAGAAAAGUACUGCCUUUUGUUCUCUUUAAGACUCAGACCUUCCUAUCGAUUUUUUUAAUGCAAUUUUAAUUGUUGGAGUGGAAUGCUCUAUCCCUAGGGUAUUUUGUUGCACUUUCCAAUGAAUAAACUUACUCCGUUUUUAAAUUAAAGAUCUUUAUCAGUUUGGGGCUUUUUUCUUUUUUCUUUUAUUUUUCUCCCUGUUAGUUAUUUCAAUGUAUUGUUCAUGCUGUUGCUGCAUCCCUUGUACUGUUUCCUCCAGGCAUCUCUUAGAUCUAUUGCUCUGCCAUCUGCCAGCUCUGGCAGAGAAGCCCUACGCGUAUUUCUGCAGGGCCACUUUGCUUAAGAGCUCUUUUGGGUUUGUCAGAUAGUUCCUGAGUGGCACAGCUUGCGGUAUCAAAGUCCAAUUUAGUGUAUAUAUGGCAUCUUUUCCUCACAGGAGUGUGUUUGAUUUGCUUAAUUCACUGCAGGUGAAUAUUUGUGUGUGCAUCUGUAUGGGAACUGCUGAAUCAUGGCCUGAACCUCUGAUUGAUCAACUGAAGUGAGCAAUGAGUCAGCCAUGGAGCACAGGUGAAGGCAAUUCAGCUGUGCUGCCGGAAGGGGUGGAGCCUGGCUGCACUUCUCCUAGGCCCAUUUAAGAGCUGACUGCCAGUGGGGAAGGAUCUCUUCUGGAGAUCCCUCCUCUGGAGUUUUGCAGUGAGCCCAGGACGCGGGUAGGCUUUCUAUCUAUUCUCUUUUUGUUAUUCUAACCUGCUUUGCCUAACUCUCUUGUUUAUUUCAUAAUUUUAACAUCUUUAUAUUCAUUGAUUAUACAGCAUCUGUACAGCUAAUUCUGCAUACAAUACUGCAAUGAGUUCCAUUAAUUUAGUGAACAAAAUAAUCAGAUAUGGUGUUUAGUAUCUUACUUCCAAAUUCCGUGCCAGAAGAGUAUCCUUUCUAUGCCCUAGGUAGGUUAGGUGUAGUUACAGCUGAGCGCUUGAAGUUUGAAUACUGUUAAGAGAGAGGUUACAAUAUGACCAGAAGAGAAAUGUUAACUCUCUGGGAAGGUCUGGGAGAGUAGCUGAGGAGCUCCAUUAGUGGCUUUAGAUGGAGACAGGGAGGAGAAUGCUCAUCUCCCUUAGAUGAGAUGAAAAGGCAAACUCUGUUCUUAACUCAGAAAAAAACAUAAAACUUACCUACACCCUUAUCACUGAAGCUGAAAGAAGAGGGGAUGCGUGGAUCUAGACAGUUAAAAACUAAACCUGACUGAACCAGGCUGAGAUUGAAGUAUCUUUACAUUUUCAUUUCUUAAAUGCCUUCAAUUCCCUACAAAUAUGAUAGAGCAUAGAAUGGCUUGGGUUGGAAGGGACCUCAAGGAUCAUCAAACUCCAACCCCCCUGCUACAGGCACGGCUGCCAACCUUCAUAUCUAAUACUAGACCAGGCUGCCCAGGGUCCCACUCAACUGUGACUCGAGAACAAGAAACCGUACUGUUUGAAAUUGUAGUAAAUGCUGAAACACAGCAAUAAUUAUUAUUGAUGUCCAUCCCGGCUUUUUAUUUAGAUAUGGCUGUGCUGAAAACCUGAGAUACAAACUUGCAGUCAAGCUUACUAUCUAAUGCUACUGUGAAAUACACUCAAUAUAAUUUUGUAAGACACCCACAAAAAGAACAAGAAAUGGGCAUAUCAGAAAUCACCCCAAAGAAAUGAAGUCAUCCAUGUAUGAAGACUAGGAAUAUAAAAUGGAAGAACUUCCUGAAUAGCUGUUAAUAACAGCAGUGUUAAGUCUGCAACUGUGCUCACAGCAAACAGCAGAGUACAGAUGGGCAAACCACAGAACUUCUACAAAUUAUAAUCAUGAACAUGGUUUUGAAAAGACAACAUCCCUUGAAUGACAGAGUAAUGAGCCUCCAUCCAAUAAGUACUCCACUAAUUUUUCCUUCAGGGCAGAAUGACUAGAAAUCAGUGGCCAGGUCAGUACCAAUAACAGGUUGUGGCAUUUGCACUUUACCUGUUAAGGUUUGCAAUGACUCAAUAGGAUUUUUCACAGCCCUAAUUUUUUAUAUCAGUCAAUACCACAAAUAUUUGCCUCUAUUCAGAGGAGUACAUGCUGAGAUAAUCUCUGUAAGUUCCUUUUUUUUUUUUUUUUUUUUUUUUUUUUUUUUUUUUUUUUUUUUUAGAAAGAAGCACUGUCCAAGUGCCACAAGCUGAAAUGCUUCAGUACCAUAGGUAUCAGUCUUCUAGGAUGCCCUGCUGUGUGCAGUUGAGGGGAAGGAAAGAAGAGGUCAUCUAGGCUAGCUCUGCAAGAAAAUGUAUGUAAUAAGCUAAUUACCACAGAAUAAUGAUGUGUUUAAUUCAAAUCCACCUGGAAAUGAAACAUCUUGUUUAGCGUAUGUACUCUGUUUACUGUGUGAUCAAUAGAUAAACUAUCUGUCCAAAAGAAUACAAACAACCACUGAUACAUAUUUUUUUAAUGUUCUACAGUAAAGGAGAAAUAAAAUCUGCAGUUAAAUCAGAAUCAAUGUACAGUGGGAUAAAUACUGGAAGUAGAAGAAAAAACUGCGAGUACAAACUUAGCAUUUUAGUGCACCUGAUAAUACUGUGCUAGAGAAAUCCACUGUUAUCAACUGGGCUGCACAGUAGUGCCCAACACAGAUAUACUGCAUGUCUUUUUUCUUGGCAACCAGGCAGUAACUUACUGGCAAAGCAGUCCCUAGAGCUAUGCCUGCUGCCUUAAAGAUUCUGCUCUUAGGUAUUUUUCCUUUGAGAGCUUGUUGAUGUUUUUUUCCUUCAGUGUUCCAUGUCAGAUAAAAGAUGGACCUAAGGAGUAAAAUGGAUCUAACCUCUGCUGUUUAUGCUUUGCUGAGCUAGUAUAUAGGAGAAGCUGGUGGAUGGG